AUGGGCCUUCCGACGGAGCCACGGCGCGAGAUGAAGGUUCUUGCCCUCGGCUUACCACGCACUGGCACUCUCUCGAUGGCCGAAGCGCUCACCACGUUAGGCUACGAAAACGUCCAUCACACACUCAAGUCGGAUAUAUUUCAAAACGAGCCAUAUAACAAGUUCUGUAGCCGCGCAGCCGAUGCAAUCUUCCCCGCGCUGCCAACAUAUACGGGGGGCACUAUAACUCGAGAAGACUGGGACACAGUAUACGGCACCUGUGAGGCGGUGACGGAGAGUGCCGCUUUCUUUGCUCCGCAGCUCAUCAGAGCGUAUCCGAAAGCCAAAGUUGUCGUCGUCGUCAGGGAUUUUGAUCGAUGGUUCGAGAGCGUUGAUGUGAUUUUCAGCUCCUUGUUGACAAAAAGAGGCGAGUUUUUUAUUCGAUGGAUAGAGCCAAUCCUUGGUUUAACAACAGUCUCGGUGAUGCAAAAGGGGAUCCUCGGGUUUUUCGAGGCGAAUGACAUACUAGGGGCGCGGGAAAAUGCGGAAAAAACAUACAACCGGCACCAUCGGGUCAUCCAGGAGAUGGUGUCUUCCGAGCAGCUGCUUUUCUACAGAAUGGGCGAUGGAUGGGAGCCUCUGUGCAAGUUCCUGGGCAAGCCGGUCCCAGAUUCGCAAUUUCCGAGAGUGAACGACUCCAAAGCCCUGACCGCGACGGGUAGGAAGGAUUAUCUACGCGCCUUGAAAGCGGCCUGCUGGGUAGUUCUUUCUCGGUCUCUGGGGUUCGCCGCCAUAGGGAUUUCUCUUUGGGUAACCUGGAAGAAGUUACCAUCAUAG